UAAAAGUAUUUUUGGAUACGUGUAAGUAGUUAAUAAUAAGCUUUAAAUACAUUAUGAAUUAUUACAUAAGAAAGAAAAAAAAACUAGCAACGAGUUGAUCAACUUUCCCGGCGACAUUUAAAAUUUUGGUGGCACCAUCUGUAAUCAUAUUCUAUUUUUAAAAACUUUGUAUAUUUUUAACUAUUAUGAAACGUCAAAAAGCUUAAAUUUGAGGUUAGGGAUGGGUUUAUGAACAAAUUGUAAAUGCUAAUAACGAGUAAAAUCGUCAUUAAGUUCGAUCCUACUGGAGAUAUGACCCCCAUUAUCCUUUAACCACCAAAAUUUAAUAGCAUUAAUCCCUCUAAUAAACAAAUCUCCAUGGAAAAUUUCAGAAAUAUUCGUUUGACUAAAAGUACAAAAGUUAUUAAGCUUCAAACAGGUUAAGUUUUGCACUGUGCCAGUGCACUCCAGCUCCUGCGCCAUACCGGCAAUCUGUGGUCUCCAGAUAUGGCCCAGUUUUAAAUUUCGAUAUUCUUACUACUGUAAUGAGUUUCUAAAAGAUUUGUUUGGAGUCUCCUCGAUGUGGUGGGAGCACCUUGUUUGUCUAUGGGAUAACAUGCCACUGACCAUUUGGUCUGGGCUUCACAUUUAAAUGGACCUAAAAAUAUUUGUUAUAAAUUAUGUAUUCUUGUGUACCGAAAUCAAAUUUUCAGAAUAUGAUUCGAAGAUAUUUUCGAUUGUGGUUGAUGUACAUCAUUUGCACACACGAAGAGCAUUUAUUUUCUGCGAAUAAUAUCGCUACCAAUAGGAACAGUAGCAUAAAACAUCUUUUCAAUAAAGAUAUAAAUAAUAUUGAAAAGGUUAAAUUAAACAUUGGAAUCAGAAAAUUUGAACAAGAUACUAUUGUAGCAUUGCAUAACAUGUAUAGAACUCAAGUUACUCCAUCUGCCUCUAAAAUGCUAAAAAUUAAAUGGAAUUGGCAUUUAGCUGAACUGGCAAAGAAAUGGGGAGACAGGUGCCAAUUCGAGUUAGGUCCAAGUAAAUGUAAAAAUAUAAUUAGUCAGAAUAUGGAUUUCGAUACUCCAUCGUAUAGAGCAGCAUUAGCGAAAUGGAACAACGAAAAAAAUAAUUACGAUUAUACAAGUAAUAAUUGUGAUAUUGAUGCUUCGUGCCAUCAUUAUAAAACGAUUACGUGGGCGAAAACACAUUCCAUAGGCUGUUCACAAUCCAAAUGUGGCACAAAUGGAUCCAUAAAUUUCUUCAUUUGUAAUUAUUAUCCAGCCGCAGAUUUGUCAGAGCAACCAUACACGAAGGGAUUUCCAUGUUCAAAUUGCACAGAAGAGUGUAUUAUGUCGUCUUUAUGCGAUACAAAUUUAGUGCUACCAAAAGAAAAACUUGUUGAAUGCAGCAUAAGUCCAUCAUCUGCAACCGGUUUGAUGUAUGGCAAUGAUGCCAAAAUGGAGUUAUUUAUUAUGGGCAUAAUAAUUCGUGUAUUAAAUCUUGCAUAA